GUCAGACUACCACCAAAACCCCUCUAUCACUCUCCCUUCCAGUGAUGGACAGGAGAGAGAAAACAUAACAAAGGGUUCAUGGGUUGAAAUAAGGACCAGGAGAGAUCACUCACCAGUAUUAUCAUGGGCAAAACAUGCUUGAAUAAGAGAUAUUAACUGAAUUUAUUGCUAAUGAAAUCAGAGCAGGAUCAUGAGAAGUAAAAUAAGACCUCACGAAACACCUUCCCCCACACCCCUCUCUCCUUCCUAGCUCUACCUCCUCCACAGCCUGGGACCAAACUUUCCAAGACAUUAAGGCAGUUUUGUUACAUCAUGUUUCCAUAUUCUGUCAGUGUUGACUUUGACCAACAUCUUGGUUGCCACCUAGACAAAAUGUGUGUGCAGUGUGGGUGAGAGAGGUGUAGGUGUUAAAUUAAAUUCUGAAAUGCACUAGUGUGGACUUCAUUAGUAGUGCAGCAGCUCUAUGGCCUCCAACAGCUGUCCUGUGCCCAGUGCUCAGGGAGUGGAGGUCAGGGAUUCUCAAACACGCAUGUGAUACACAGUACGUGACAUAUUCCCUGUCAAUGAGGAAUGCAGGACAAGCCCUGCAGAUGAAUGGCAGAUCAGGAGCAUGCCCUCAGUGAAAUUGCUACUUGUCAGUGCACUUCAGGUAAGGCUGUGGAAGAGGUCUCUUCUCUAAACCAAACCCUUCAGCCGGUGCCCAUCUCAAUAGAAAUGGAUAAUGUAGGGAUUCUGUCUCUCAAAAAAUUAAUUGGGAAAUAAAGAAGACUACUGUAUUUUGUUCCUAAAUCUGGAAACAUGUUUAAGAUAGUGCUUGCAGAGAAGGACAGCGGGACUGGGGGAGUUAGGGAACCUGGGCUGCUUUCCCAGCAUUGCGUUGUUAAUUAUAAUAAGGUUGUUGUAAAUUAUAGCAAGUCCCCAGGGACAUUUUUCAGUUCUGACUUGUCUUUCAAGUAAAGGUCAUAGUCUCACACUUUCCACCAGAAGACUAGAUUAUACAGGGUCCCUGUUCCUGGAGAGCAGUGGUUACACUACACCAUUUAUCCCAGUGCUGAGUUCUUGGACGUUGGAUAGGUUUCUUUGGUACACUCACAUCACCCUUAGCUGCAAUGUUCCUGCCUGUAGAGACUUUGCACAUUGCAGGCUGUUCCAAAUCACACCUUUCUGAAUGGGUGUGAAGGCACAGCCUUGAAUGGCACAAGACCUUAAGGUCAUCAGCAAAACAAUCUAAUUCCGUACCUCUUAUCCAGAAGCACAGGGACAUCUGGGAGCCUGACUGCUAGUUCUCUUGUUCUCUGAUUUGCACCAUCUCUGAAUGGCAGCAGACUGGCUCUUCACAGGCCUGUGUCAGCAGUCCAGUGCAUCUCACUUCAUUGCCCCUCUGUGAGGGCACGCCACUGAGUGACAAGCCCUUGGCAUAAUUAUUCUCCCUUCUGAGAUCUGGUGAGAUGGUUCAGUCUUGUGCUGGAGACCCAGAGUAUUUAUGUUUAUGGGGGCUGCUCUUUUCUCUUAGACUGUCUUUCACCUCUCCCAGCCUUCCUCCCAAUUCUUUGACCCCAAGCAGUGCCAAGGCUCAUCACUACAAGCACCCAGCAUGGGCUCUAGGGAACAGGGAGGCCAGUGCUGUGACACACCCAUGUCUUAGCUGCAUGCACUACUGCUUCAGAUACAGAUCCACUUCCUCGAGAGAAAAAAAAAAGAGCAGUGUUUUAGAGCCUAGAUCCAGGGCCUGCAUGGGGUCCAUGCACUCUGGAGCUGUUUUCAUCUCCAUGCUCAAGUGGAAGAAGGAAGACCUUGGCCUAAGAGUAUGCUCUGGGGGCAGGUACUGAGAAUAGAUGGAAUGCUUGCAAGUCUUUGUAGCUAUCAUUAACGAUUUCAGCUUCACCACGAUGCUCUGCAGUACUGGUGUGAGAACUGUGACCCAUUGAGCCCCAAGAGGAGUCCUUGAGCCAGCCAUGGUCUGUGCCUGGUCUCUGAUGCUCACUGCACAGGCACCUUUGGUAGCCAAGGACAAGCACUGGCAGCCCAUGGUUGUUUUGAUCCUACCAUCAGGAACGGAGUCCUACUUGGCACAGCCCUGCAGCAAGGACCUUGUUCCAGCGCAGGCUUUGCUCCUUGGGCUGUAACGAGAGCCCAAGCCGGAGCAAAGGGCUGAACGAGCGCUCAGCGAUGGCCGAGAACUCAGCUGUGACUGCAGCAGUGUCAGGGAGAGCAGCACCAACCAAGCUAGAGGAGCUGCUGGAGAUCACCGCUCAGAGCCUGGUGCGCGCCGAGGUGGCUGAGCACUACGAGGUUAUCCGGGAGUUGGGCAGGGGCAAGUAUGGCCAUGUGAUGCUAGUGACCCACAGGCAGAGAGGGACUCCUAUGGCUCUCAAGCUGCUACCCAAAGCCAGUACCAAGCUGCACACCUUCCUGUAUGAGUACUGUGUAGCACUGUCCCUCGCCACCCACCCUGCCAUCAUUGGGAUGUUUGGAAUUGCCAUUGAGUCCAGCCAGUACUAUGGUUUCCUCUAUGAGCCUGCACUGCACAAAGACCUCAUCUCUAUCAUCAAACCCCGCGAUGGGAUCCCUGAGCCAGCCGCAAAGCAGUGUGCCAGGCAGCUGGUGAGCGCGCUGGAGUUCAUCCACAGCCGGGGCCUGGUGUACCGCGACAUCAAGCCCGAGAACGUGCUGCUGUUCGACCCCGACUGCCGCCUCGUCAAACUCACGGACUUCGGGCUCACGCGGCCUAAGGGCACCAAGCUCAAGCUGGUGGCCGGGGUGAUCCCCUACACCGCCCCCGAGCUGAGCAGCACCGCUGAUGCGCAGGGGGUCCCCAUCGACGCCAGCAUGGAUGCCUGGGCCUUCGGAGUGCUGCUCUUCUGCCUGCUGACCGGCUACUUCCCCUGGGAGCAAAGCCUGCCAGAGGACCCUUUCUUUGAGGACUUCAUGCAGUGGCAGGAGACAGGCCUGGAGAAGGACGUGCCCCGGCACUGGAAGCGCCUGACAGCUGAGGCUGCCGGGAUGCUGCGGAGCCUGCUGGCUCUCGAUCCCGCCAAGCGUGGCCCCGUCAGCGGUGUGCUGCGCUAUGUCGACUGCCCUUGGCGGCUGGAGGAUGCUCGUGGAGAGGAGGCUGCUGUGAAGUCCUAGAGCCUGCUCCCCACGGCAGGAGGGAAGGAGGGUCUCGGCCUGCAAGGGGCUUCAGGGUUUGGGCACCGUGGUGGCUUGGGCAUGAGAGGCCAUGGUGACCCAGAGAGCAGCUUCUCUGCAGCACUGUCCCUGCUGCCACAGUCAGGCUCCUUCCCCAGCUGAUGGUCCUCACCCCAUGGCUCAGUGCUGCCCAGUGCCACCUCCUCAUGGCUUGAAAACGUCUUCCUGUUGGAAAUGACUGUGUGUGAAGCAUCCACUUGUUUCCUAGCCGCAGGGAGUUAUUUAGGCUGCAGCACAUGCUGUGUCUCAAAAUAGAGCAAAAUAUGUACUUUUGUUUUCCUGUAUGUGGCUCAUUUUCUCUCAUAAUAAAUGCCUGUCGGGACCCACUGUUGGUUGGAAAGCAGGGAGCAAGUCAGAACUUGCAGCUAUCUCAGGAUAAGCUGUCCCAGGCAGGGGCCAUCCCUGACUGCUGCCUGUGCCUGCAGCAGGAUCCCUGGAGGGUGGCUUCAGGCUGCUGGGAUGGAGGGGCUGGGCACACCUCAGCACAUGGCUGUGGAUGAUGGCUGGGGAAGGGUUGUGGUGUUGAGGUUAUCUCAUGCCAGCCCAAACACAUCUCUUCCUUUGUGUUGCCUUCAGGUCCUAAGACAAUGUCCUUCAUGCUCUUUUAGAUGCCUGGUUACCCCUCGAGAUCUUCCUUCUUCCCUUUCCUAUAAUUUUUUAACCCUUCCCUAGACAUACACCUUUCCUAAUGCCCCAUAUCCUCCUAGGUGCACAUUUUAGUCCUGAAAAGGGAAAGAGGGAAUUAAGGGUUAGUAGCCCUUUUUACUUUUCUGCCUCUUUUCAGUCCCCAGGAUUUUGCUCUUAGUAAACAGCAUUUAACCUGCACUUAACCUGGUCUUUGGCUGGAAAUAGUCACAGCUCAUUUUCCACUCUCAGGGGCUUCAUAACUUCUAAAAAUGGAGUGUCCCAGCACUAUACUUUCUAGCAUUUCAGCUUUUUUUUCAUGUCAGACCCUUUCCUGUACACACUCUUUCUUCUAUGCUUCCCCACCCUCCAGUUCUUUUUUCCCAGCUUCUUUUCACCCACUGGCAUUACUUAACUUUUCUACUAACACUACACAUCACCUUUUUCUCACUCUUCUCAGCAACAUCACCUCUGUACUACUAUUUUGUGCUGUUUUCCUGCUCCCUACACCACUUAUGCCUUGGAUCUUCCUUCCAACUCCCCAACCUACCUCAGCAAACAGCACUAUGUUCACACUGUCCAAUACACAGUUUUCUUGUGCUUACUUCCAUCUCUUAGACUCUUUCAUUACUUGAAAUCAUAAUAAAUGCUGCUUAACUCCA